GAGGGCAGCAAAUACAUAGACACCACUGUCAGCACAUACACUUGCAGCAUGAACCGCUCAACUGAGUUGUCUCUGUCAGAGGAAAUGGCCCCUGAGGAGUUGGACGGUGGGACAGCAGUGGCUUGUGUUAUCCUGGGCCUGUCCUUCCUGAUAGGAGCUCCGGGGAACCUGAUGGUGAUCUGGACUAUCCUGAGACACGUCAAGCAGCGUUCUCACACUGUGGUGCUCAUCCUGCACCUGGCUGCUGCUGACCUGCUGGUCCUCAUCACCCUGCCUCUAUGGAUCUACUCCCUGGCCCACUCCUGGGUGUUCGGAGAGGCCUCCUGCAAAGCCAUGGUGUUCAUGACCAAUGCCUGUAUGUAUAGCAGCGUUUUCCUCAUUACCCUUAUGAGUGUGGAGCGCUUUGUGGCUGUGCGCUAUCCUUUUGCGUCAGUUGACUGGAAGAGGAAAAAAGCUUUGAAUAAAGUUCUGCUGGCUCUGUGGACUGUAGCAUUCUUGUUCAGCAUACCUGUCAUCCCAACUCAGGUUCUAGGGAAGGAUUCUAGCGGGGAGCACUGUCUAUAUCGGAAUUACACCUCUGUGACCCAGGAGCUGGUGUGUGUGCUGCUAGAGACACUGGUGGGCUACAUAGUACCCUUCUCCAUCCUCGUGGUCUGCUAUGGCUGCCUGUGCAGCCGGAUUACUCAGAUGACCUUCAAAUCCAAGCGCAAGUCCACUGUCGUGAUUGCCAGUGUAGUGGUCGUGUUUGCCAUUUGCUGGACACCUCAUCACAUAGGAAACGUCCUCUCAAUCAUCAUCCUGGCCACUGAAGACUCUGAUGCAGCAAAUAAUAUGGAGAAUUUCAGGAACACCAUGGCCUUCAUCGCUGGAGCCAUGGUCUUCAUCAGCAGCACUGUCAACCCCAUCCUCUACAUGUUGGCAGCUCGCUCCUUCAGGAGCUCCCUGCAUGACACCGGCAUCCAGAAGCUCUUCCACCACAUCUCCAGCACCUCCCCAGGUGAGGGUAAUAGAGAGGUGUCCUUUGUGUCCAAGAGACACAGCAAUCAGACCAGCAGUUCUCAGUGUGUGACUGAGUCAAAAAACCAAAUGGACAUAUUAAUAAAAAUGUGUGAAAAUAAUCCAUCCUGAUAUUGAAAAUGUAGUGCUUGUGCUUGUGUCUCUGUGGAGACAUUCAUGUGUAUAUUGUAUGUAUUUGACACAUUUUGUACAUUUUGUAUGAAAUUACAACACAGAUGAACCAGAAGUCAGAGUUUGUGCCAUACUUGUCCAACUUUGUAAAUGAUCUGUUUUAUAUGUUUACGUUUUUUAAAUGAUAAACAUAUAUUUAUAAAUAUGUUAUAUAUUAUGUACUUAGAUUUAUGACAUAUAGUAUUCAUAACAUAAUACAAUAAAUAAUUGUAUGUGCAUAAGACAUGUCUCAAGUCUUUGUAAAAAUAAAGUCUUUUUUUUAUUAGUUUUGAUGAUGCUAACAAAGGGAAAUUGUAAGGAGUAUCUCAUUGACUCUGUUUAAGGAAUUUUAAUUUUCCCUUUCGCCACAGAGAAGUAUUUCUCUCACAGUUUUCGCUGUCUCGAUGGAGAUAAGACUUUAAGAACUUUCCAAUCUUGCUGUCUCUUUCAGUGUUGGGAAACUGUAACUUUGAUUCAGUCUAAUUGUGUCAUUGUGAACUCAUGUAACAAAACUGUUGUUCAAACUUACGACUAUUGUAAAAAUGUUUUUCACUUGUGACAAAUUGGCUAACAAUUGUCAUGGUAUACCACUACAGACAACAGUCAUGCUCUCAACUUCCUCUCCAUGAAGAGAUUGCAAAAUGAAAAACUGCAUGUUCCCUUUGCUGUGCAGCAAAAAGCGGAAUCAUGUCUUAAUGUUUGUCACAGUCUUAUAAAACUCAAACCCACACUUUUAAAUGAGAGAGGGCAGCGUCAGCUUAUUUACUGAUAUUUUUAAAUGCAUAUGUCAGGUAGAAAUUUAUAAUAUAUAUUUAUAUUAUAUUUAUAAUAUACUCAUAGCAUAGUAAGUUUGUCUGUUGCCAUGACUACACAAAAAUUGUACUCACCAAUUGACACAGCCAGUAGAUAGCAGUGGCACUGUGUUUUUAAAUUAUAAUAAUGUUUUUAUUUCACUAUCCCAUUGUAGGCCUUUUUUAACUGUAUCUAUACAGGGAAUGGUCAUUUUGAAAUUUUAUUUUUCAGCACUGCCUUUUUUCAUACACCACAAACAUUUAUAACCUGUGUGUUGACACACAGCAGCUAUGCUGGAGCAGUUAAAGUGGAAGGAACUAAUCUCUUCCAGGAGACACUCUUUCUAUACAUUUUACAAAUGUGACCAAAUGGUUGGUAAUAAAUAUAGGUAGAAAAUGUCACUUUGCAUCUG